GUUUACAACAAUCUUGCUAGCAGCAUCUGAGCUUGUUUGCUAUCGAACAGCAACAGAUAAGAUGAGGUCUGUAUAAAAACUGAACAGCCGGCAUAAUUGUGGUGCAUAUUGGAAAGAAUGAUUCACAUUAGUUUUUUCUAAUUCAAUGAUAAAUUCGUUUGGUUUGCCUCGUCAACUACGCAGGUAAUUGAUUUUGUCUUCAAAUCGUUUUCGGGACUAAAUUCUGCUAUUUCAAAUUUCAGCUAAAAUUCGAUGGCGGGUAGAGGAAAAAUCACCACUGAUGGAUACUUUUAUCAACUUUACAGUCUUUUGUACGGUGUUCUUUGUUUGCGUGAGGAUGAUCGAUUGUCCAAUUAUAAAAUCGGAAGGGAAAUAGAAGAUUAUGAUGCGUUGGACGAUGUUGUUCUAGAGGCGGAAUUUUCGAACGGAAAACGUGUUACGUACUGUUUGCAGGCGAAACAAUCAGCAAGUAGUAAAAUUAUUGGUAUCCAAGAUCUGAAGGAAGAUAAAAAUCUAAAUGUAUUGAAGUACUUCAAAUCGUUUCUGAAAAUAACUAAACCAGCUUUGAAACCGAUUGUUCCUUUAGGCGAGCUCAGUGAAAUGAUCAUCUGGUGUCCUUAUGAUAUCCACGAAAAAGUACGUGAUAUAUGUGACCAAUACAAUCCAAUUGAUAACGAUUUGUUCAAACCCCUGAACAAGGAAUUCAAUUACGAACGCUACAGAAUAGUAAAUUACAAUGAGUUCACGAACCUGCUAGAGCAAGCUCAUCCGUUAGCAAUAUUAGCGGACAAAUUUUCGACCGUAAUCAGAAAAAAUGAUGAGUGGAGCUCGAAGCGAGCAGCCAAAAGCUGUUAUAGAGUGAUGGCCAAAGAGGUAAUCAAUUGCAAUGGACACAAUUCUUCAUUUCGGGUCGAAUUCCUCGACGGGGAAAAAACUUUGCAUCCAGAUACGUUACUGUUUCGAAAACUUUUUGAGCAAGCUUUAGAAAAGUCUCGAAGAAAGAAUGAAACGUAUACACUGAAAACGCUGAAUGAUUUUCUAAAAGGUAAUCCUUUUCAACUGAAUGUCGACACUGAUUUUACUACAGGAAAUAACGAAAGCCCUUCCUGGAAUGUUAAGGAAUAUGUCCCAGUAGAACAGGAUUUGAAGGACUUUUUCGAACGUUUCGUGUUCUAUGCCAAAGUACCAAAGGUGGCUGAUAUGGAAAAAUUACUACGAAAAAGAUUCAACCAUGAUUUCGAUCAACUUAAAGAUUUUAUGGACAAGUGCUCUUACAAAGUAAUGUUAACAAAGGCACAAAUAAAAGAUAUUUAUUGUUUGAUGCAAAUGCAACGAGAUUCAAAAGAACACGUGGAACCAAAGUUGAAUUUUGAAGAAAAAGGUUUAAUUGGACUUCAGGAACGUUUAUCGGAAACAACAUGGAAAUUUCUGUACGUUCUCGCCUUACAGGAUUACGAUUGUAGUGUUGCCCGUGUUUUCUCGGUCUUGAGCAACGAUGUCGAAGUAGCAAAGCGGUUUGUUUUGUUGCCUGAUUGGGCCAGUUGCUGGAAUGAAACAAAAAUUCUGUUGUCUAUCUUGGCUCAUAAUAAGCGGCUAGCAGAACAGGGGUUAAAGUAUAUUGUCUUCCUUUGCGAUAGCGUAGAAAGGUAUAUUGAAGAAAUCAGUAAAAAUUUCUCGUCGGCUGAUGUGAAGGUUAUUCUCGUUGGGAAGCAACCGUUUUCCAAUACGAAAUGGAGUACUUACAGCGAUAAUUUCGAUGUAAGACUUUUAUCGGAAAGAGUAAAAUAUGAAAUACUGAACAAGGAAAUAUCAUUUUUCGGUAAUCCCGCUGUCAAGGUAGAAAUGCUCAUUCCAAAAGAUGAUUUGUUUGAAACCACCGAUUAUAAGUUGGUAUUAGCGCUUUUGAGAAAUCAAGAGACAGCCCUUAUCGGAGAUGAACUAAAAGCCAAUCCCUAUUUUAUUAAUAGGUCUAUCAAGCAAAAAGCGAGUGAAUCCAAAAUUGAUAUACUCGAUAAAACAGGUCCAGCCACUAUCAUUAUUUCCGACCAAACAGGUAUGGGUAAAACCACCGAACUACUCCAUCUAGCACUAGAGUUCAGAGAAAAAUACAAGGAUUUUUUUACUGUUUAUAUGAGUAGUUUGCAAGUGGUUGAAAAUUUUCUUAAAAAUGGCGAUAAGAUGGGUAAAACAGUGGAUAUUAUUGGCGACCUAUUAAAAAAUCGCAGUGAAUUAGCUAGACUGCUUAUAGAGAAAAUGAUGGAAAUGAAAAAAUUGGUACUACUUAUAGAUGCUUACGAUGAAAUAAGUAAUGAUUACCAGGAAAAAUUCAAUGCUAUAAUUGAAUCUAUCUGUAAGGUUGGUGUUGCAAAAAUUUGCAUUACUACUAAACCACAUUUUGAAACAGCAUUAAGUAAAAUACUGCCAAAGCCGGUUGUAUGCGUUUUAGAGAAGUUUAGUGUGGAUCAUCAAAUGAGUUAUUUAAAAAAAUUCUGGAACUUGGAAGAUAGCACAUCUUUGGAAGCACAAAAAGCUGCAAACCAAAAUGCAAGAGCAGUAAUUGAAAAAUUUUCCAAAAUAUUACGCGAUGAAUCAUUACUGGGAAUUCCUAUUCAAACACACAUGAUUGCGGAAAUUUAUAAGGAUACUAUAAAUACACCAAACUUUACAGUUAUUGAGCCGUUCGAGAUUGGUGCCUUGGUAGAUAAGUUUAUUGAUAUCAUGAUGUUACGAUAUCUAGUUGAUUCUGGUUACAAGGAAAAUUUGAGAUCAUUUGACAAUGAAAGACAAUCAACGAAAUCCUCGUCAACAGAAAGUCAUAUCAAACUUGCACGACGAACGUUCCUGCGGGUACAUGACGAUGCCACGAAGGAUCUUUUCGAAAAAUGUACUGUGUAUCGCUUAGUACAACUAAUGCCUACGGUUGGCUUCGUUCACGAAAUCUACCGAGACUUCUUUCUCUCGCAGUAUAUGCUCACUUAUCAGACAGAAAGAGAAACAUUUAAAAAAUACAUGAAGAAAAAUUUCUGCAAGGACCGCAUAAAUAUUGCUACUAAGUUCCUUGACUUUCAUAUUGGCCAGAUAAAUCCCGAGACCCAACUGAAAAGAUUGGAGGAAGAUAAAAUUUCAUCCGAAACCGAAUCUACUAAUACGGUUAAAUUGCCUUCUAAGUUCAUCCGUGUUCAUAAGGAAAAGCAAAUGGAACUAUAUUGGUAUUUCAAAAAUCACUGCACAUCAGAUGAGAUAUUUACUCUCAUCCGAAACAGUUUCAAUGCGUCGGUAUUCAAUGUGUUUGAAAUGCUGUACGAUAGCCUACCGGAAGAGAUAAAAUGCAAAGUGAAGUUCCGCUUUGGAGCCAACGAGCAAAAAAGUUUCAUAAAUCUCAAGCUGAUGGGAGAAAAUCAAGUGCUGCAACUGCUGGACAUCCUAAGAAAAAAGCAUCCAGAAACAUUUUCUGAAUUUUUGAAAGAUUUCCAGUUUGACGAAGAAGAUUUUCUCGAAGUAGCUUGCAGGAAACCGUUUCUUAAGGUGAUUGAAUGGUUUGAAAAACUUGAUGAAAGUUCGAUUAGUGUAGAGCGAAGAGUAGAAUUGCUUUCUUAUAUACAGCACAGACUGCCAGGAUAUCUAAAAUUGGUGGUUCAGCAUAAUAAUAGUCAACUGUUAGAUAGCGUUAUAGAGUGGAUUGAAAAGAAGGUGUCUAAAAGCACUGUCUGCCAGAUUCUCAGGGAGCAUAACAUUAUGAAAGUUUUCGUAGAAAAUAUUGCUGAAGAGGGAGCCACCAAAAAACUGUUGGAAGAACGUCGGAUAGCGAUGAUUUUGAGCAUCCGUAAUUUCUUCCUUUGGGCGUAUGAUUGUGCCGUACUGGAUUUAGAUGGGGAGUGUCUUGCAAAAGUCCGAAAUGAGACAAUCAAACAACAGUUUCUUUCCCUAUAUAAAUUAACAUGAUAAAACAAAAGUCUUGAGCAUAGCAUUUAAAGUUUACAAAUCUUGUUCCAUUCGAAAUGGUGUUCUUUGUAAGAAGAUAGAAGAAGAUGAAAAUCAUAUGUGUUCCUUUUUAACAAUCCUGCAAAUGUGCCUACUAGUCUAAGAUGAGGAUAGUCUAUCUGAUAUGACAUAUUAUAUAUUUGAUAU